CCCGUCCGGGGAGCUCCUGUCUGAGUUUGAUAAAGAUGAGAUAAUGCACAUGGAUCAGGACAAGGAGACCGUCUAGUAUCCGCCAUCAUUUCAACAAUCCCUUUCCUUGGAUGCUCAUGUCGGGCUGACCAAUAUCGCGGUGAUAAAGUCAAACUUGCAUACCAUGGUCCGGUUGUCCAGCCACACUCAGGCUCUCAAUGAGCCUCCUGAAGUGACCGUGUUUCCCAAGAACCCUGUGGAGCUGGGCCAGCCCAACGUCCUCAUCUGCCACAUCGACAAGUUCUCCCCCCCCAUGCUCAAUGUCACGUGGCUGAGAAAUGGACAGCCCUUCACUGAAGGAACUUCUGAGACCAUUUUUCUGCCCAGAAUGGACAACAGGUUCUAUAAGUUCCACUACCUGCCAUUCAUUCCCAUGGCUGAGGACUUCUAUGACUGCCAGGUGGAGCACUGGGGCCUGGACCAGCCGAGCGUCACUCACUGGGAGGCACAGGAGCCAAUCCAGGUGACUGAGAUGACGGAGACUGUGGUCUGUGCCCUGGGCCUGGUGGUGGGUCUGGUGGGUGUCAUCGUUGGCACCGUGCUCAUCCUAAGGGCUCUGCACUCCAGGCGAGACACCCUGGGCCCAGUGACCCAU